ACUAAUGGGUGACACUGAAAGGCAGCUCAGAUGGGCACUGAUAUGUGGCAUUGAUGUGGCACUGAUGGGCACUGUCAGGUGGCAUGGAUGAGCACUGACAGCUGGCACUGAUGGACACUGACAGGUGGCACUGCUGGGGCUACACAGAUCAUCAGGGCACACUGAUCAUCAGUGCUCUUAUGAUCAGUGUAGAUGUCCCCCCUGAGGAAUCUCGUGGGGAGAAAAAUGCCAAUACCCGGCAUUUUCCUGUUUACAUGUGAUCAGCUGUGAUUGGACAUAGCUAAUCACAUGACCGAGCCGACAUCUUCGGC